AGCUCAAAGCCCCCAGCCUCAUCACAAUAAAGGGGACCACACUGCUUGGUGCCUUUAAGACCUCCAGGUGUCAGAAAUGGCUGAAGACGGGAGUGAGGAGAUCAUGUUCAUCUGGUGUGAGGAUUGCAGCCAGUACCACGACUCCGAAUGUCCUGAGCUGGGCCCCGUGGUCAUGGUCAAAGACUCCUUUGUGUUAAGCAGGGCACGAUCAUCUCUCCCUUCCAACCUGGAGAUCAGGCGACUGGAAGACGGAGCCGAAGGAGUGUUUGCCGUGACCCAGCUCGUCAAGAGAACACAGUUUGGUCCGUUUGAGUCGAGGAGAGUGGCCAAAUGGGAGAAGGAAUCUGCGUUCCCGCUGAAGGUAUUCCAGAAGGACGGGCACCCCGUGUGCUUCGACACCUCCAACGAGGACGACUGCAACUGGAUGAUGCUGGUGCGGCCGGCAGUGGGGCCCGAGCACCAGAACCUGACAGCCUACCAGCACGGCAACGACGUGUACUUCACCACCUCAAGGGACAUCCCCCCGGGCGCCGAGCUGCGCGUGUGGUACGCCGCCUUCUACGCCAAGAAGAUGGACAAGCCCAUGCUGAAGCAGGCCUGCUCCGGAGCCCACGCUGCGGGCACGCCAGAAAGCAGCGCCGCGGUGGAGUCCGAGCCCAGCCCGUGGGUGUGUAAAGUGUGUUCUGCCACCUUCCUGGAGCUGCAGCUUCUGAACGAGCAUCUGUUGGGUCACUUGGAACAAGCCAAAAGCCUUCCCCCAGCCAGCCAGCAUGAAGCAGCUCCUGAGAAGGAACCAGAUGUGCCCCGGGGGGAGCCUCCUGCAGUUCCCAAGAGUGUCAGUGCCACCAAAGAGCAGAAGAAAAAGCCUCGAAGGGGGAGAAAACCCAAAGCAUCAAAACCUGAGCAGCCACUAGACAUCAUAGAAGGCAAGGAGCCAGCAGAGCCAGUGGCAGAGAUCAUUACCGAGGUCCCGCCGGACGAGCCCGUGGCCGCAGCGCCAGACGAGCGCAUCAUGGAGCUGGUUCUGGGGAAGCUGGCCACCAGCACUGGUGACACCGGCUCAGUGCCAAAGUUCCCGCAUCAUCAGAGCACCACCAUCGCCCUCAAGAGGAGCCUAAUUCUGUCGAGCCGGCACGGCGUCCGGAGGAAGCUUGUCAGACAGCUGGGGGAGCACAGACGGGUCUAUCAGUGCGGUAUCUGCAGCAAGAUCUUCCAGAACAGCAGCAACCUGAGCAGGCAUGUGCGCUCACAUGGCGACAAGCUAUUUAAAUGUGAGGAAUGUGCCAAGUUAUUCAGCCGCAAGGAGAGUCUGAAGCAGCAUGUCUCCUACAAGCACAGCAGGAACGAGGUGGAUGGCGAGUAUAGGUACCGAUGUGGCACUUGUGAGAAGACCUUCCGCAUCGAGAGCGCCCUGGAAUUCCACAACUGCAGGACAGAUGACAAGACGUUCCAAUGUGAGAUGUGUUUCAGAUUCUUCUCCACCAACAGUAACCUUUCCAAGCACAAGAAGAAGCACGGGGACAAGAAGUUUGCUUGCGAGGUCUGCAACAAAAUGUUCUACCGCAAGGACGUCAUGCUCGACCACCAGAGGAGGCACCUGGAAGGAGUGCGGCGGGUCAAGAGAGAAGACCUGGACACCGGCGGCGAGAACCUGGUCCGCUAUAAGAAGGAGCCCUCAGGAUGCCCUGUGUGUGGCAAGGUGUUCUCCUGCAGAAGCAACAUGAACAAGCACCUGCUGACCCAUGGCGACAAGAAGUACACCUGUGAGAUCUGCGGCCGCAAGUUCUUCCGUGUGGACGUGCUCAGGGAUCACAUCCAUGUCCACUUCAAGGACAUCGCGCUGAUGGACGACCACCAGAGGGAGGAGUUUAUCGGCAAGAUCGGCAUCUCCUCGGAAGAGAACGACGACCACUCAGACACGAGUGCGGACUCGGAGCCUCACAAGUACAGCUGCAAACGGUGCCAGCUCACCUUCGGCCGGGGGAAGGAGUACCUGAAGCACAUCAUGGAGGUGCACAAGGAGAAGGGCUACGGCUGUAGCAUCUGCAACCGGCGCUUCGCCCUGAAGGCCACCUACCACGCGCACAUGGUCAUCCACCGCGAGAACCUGCCGGACCCCAACGUGCAGAAGUACAUCCACCCGUGUGAGAUCUGUGGCCGCAUCUUCAACAGCAUCGGGAACUUGGAGCGGCACAAACUCAUCCACACAGGUGUGAAGAGUCACGCCUGCGAGCAGUGUGGGAAGUCCUUCGCCCGGAAGGAUAUGCUGAAGGAGCACAUGCGCGUGCACGACAACAUCCGGGAGUACCUGUGUGCCGAGUGCGGGAAAGGCAUGAAGACCAAGCAUGCGCUGCGUCACCACAUGAAGCUACACAAGGGCAUCAAGGAGUACGAGUGCAAGGAGUGCCACCGCAAGUUCGCGCAGAAGGUCAACAUGCUCAAGCACUUCAAGCGGCACACGGGGAUUAAAGAUUUCAUGUGUGAGCUGUGCGGGAAGACCUUCAGCGAGAGGAACACAAUGGAGACCCACAAGCUCAUCCACACAGUGGGCAAGCAGUGGACGUGCUCCGUGUGCGACAAGAAGUACGUCACCGAGUACAUGCUGCAGAAGCAUGUGCAGCUCACCCACGACAAGGUGGAGGCGCAGAGCUGUCAGCUGUGUGGGACCAAGGUGUCCACCAGGGCCUCCAUGAGCAGACACAUCCGGCGCAAGCACCCGGAGGUUCUGGCCGUGCGGAUUGAUGACCUGGACCACCUCCCAGAGACCACCACCAUCGAUGCCUCCUCCAUUGGCAUCGUCCAGCCUGAACUGAGUCUGAAGCAGGAAGAUCUGGCCGAGGGGAAGCACGUGAAAGCCGCCAGGAGGGCCCACAAGAGGAAGCAGAAGCCAGAGGUGGAGGCGGCGGGAGCCCCGGGGCCGGAGGAGGCCGCCUUCAGCGAGUACUCAGAGAAGGAGCCCGUGCUGUCGGGUGUGGGGGACGAAACCGACUCCGCGGUGCAGAGCAUCCAGCAGGUGGUAGUGACCCUGGGUGACCCAAAUGUGACCACUCCGUCGAGCUCAGUGGGCCUGACCAACAUCACCGUGACCCCUAUCACCACCGCCGCUGGGACUCAGUUUACCAAUCUCCAGCCCGUGGCUGUUGGGCACCUAACCACCCCGGAGCGCCAGCUGCAGCUGGACAACUCCAUCCUGACCGUGACCUUUGACACCGUCAGCGGCUCCGCCAUGUUGCACAACCGCCAGAAUGACAUCCAGAUCCACCCCCAGCCCGAAGCCUCGAACCCGCAGUCCGUGGCCCACUUCAUCAAUCUGACCACGCUGGUCAACUCCAUCACACCCCUGGGGAACCAGCUCGGCGACCAGCACCCGCUCACGUGGCGUGCGGUGCCGCAGACGGACGUCCUGCCGCCCCCCCCGCCGCAGGCGCCCCCCCCCCCCCAGGGGCCCCCCCCGCCGCAGGUGCAGGCCGAGCCCCAGCAGCAGAUGUACAGCUACUGAGUCGCGCGACCCGGAACUCAGACAGAGACCGACACACGGGUGUUCUUUUUUAUUUUUGAGAUUCGUUUGCUGGAUACCAAACCGAGAAAAAAAAAAUCUUAUGGCAAUGUGAGGUUGACUUAGCUUUGCAGAACUCUCUCCAGAUCCCCCGCCUGGCAUCACACUCUGUCGGCGCA